CUACAUUAGUGCCGAAAACCUACGUAUAGCAGAGUCUAUUUACCUCUGUAUACCGUGCUCGUUGUACAUCGCGCAAACAAUCUCGAACCAUGUUCACCGACAAUUGGUGGAUAUAUGUCAUCACACCGUGUACGAUAAUAGUCACGAUCGUCUAUUAUUUCUGCGUGUCGACCUUUAAGAAAUGGGAAAAUCUCAACGUGCCGUACAUCAAACCAGUCCCGUUGUUUGGAAACUUUUUGAAUGUAGCUUUGGGAAAAGAACAUCAUAUUGAUUUUUACAACAAAUUCUAUCACAAGUUUGCCGGUCACAAAUACGCGGGAGUGUUCCAGAUGAGGUUACCUAUUUUAAUGAUUAUCGAUCCAGAAAUAAUCAACGACGUGCUGAUAAAAGACUUCUCGUCUUUCCCCAACCGUGGCUUUUCCGUGGACUUCAAGGCCAAUCCGUUGUCGAACAACCUGUUCCUCAUGGAAAAUCCCCAAUGGAAAAUAAUAAGAAACAAAUUGACACCCGCUUUCACGUCGGGAAAGCUCAAGGUAAUGUACGAUCAGAUCAAAGAGUGUGGCGAAGAAUUGAUGAAAAACAUAGACAUCGAUUUAAAGAAAAGCGGCGACGAAAUAGAAGUAAGGGACAUCAUGGGAAAGUAUUCGACUGACGUCAUCGGCACUUGCGCUUUUGGGCUCAAGUUGGACGCCAUAAACGAUGAUGAAUCCCCAUUUCGUAAACACGGCAAAUCCAUAUUCGCACCUUCGCUAAGGCAACUUUUCAGAGAAAUGUGUAUGUUGAUUAGUCCUGUACUUGUGAAAGUCGUAAGAGUGAAAGAUUUUCCAAAGGACGCGACUGACUUUUUCCACGCGGCGUUUAAAGAAACAAUGAAGUAUAGACAUGAAAAUAAAAUAGUCAGAAAUGACUUAGUUCAUUGUUUAAUGCAAGCCAGAAAUGAUUUAGUUUUGAAUACAGAUUUACCUAAACAUGAAAAAUUUACUGAAUCACAAAUCGUAGCAAAUGCUUUUAUAAUGUUUGCUGCUGGUUUUGAAACUGUAUCUUCGGCUAUAAGUUAUUGUUUGUACGAAUUGGCAUUAAAUAAAUCUAUUCAAGACAGAGUACGUGAAGAGAUUCAACUAAAACUGUCGAAAAAUGACGGACAAAUUAAUCAUGAAUUUUUGAUGGAACUUCAUUACUUGGAUAUGGUUCUUGCAGAAACACUCCGCAAGUAUCCUCCGCUAGUUUUUUUGAUGAGAAAAGCAUUACAAACAUAUCGAUUACCCAACGAUUCAUUAACAAUUGAAAAGGACCAAAAAGUAAUAAUUCCAGUUUAUGCAAUUCAUCACGAUAGUAAAUAUUACCCGGAACCUGAAAAUUUUAUUCCUGAAAGAUUUUCGACUGAAGAAAAAGCUAAACGGCCAAAUGGUACUUAUAUGCCAUUUGGUGAUGGACCUCGAAUUUGUAUAGGAAAACGUUUUGCAGAGGUGGAAAUGAAAUUGGCUAUGGUUGAAAUGCUAACUAAAUUUGAAGUAUUUCCAUGUGAAAAAACAGAAGUUCCUCUAAAAUAUUCUCACAAGACUAUCACAUUGAUGCCAAAACACGGGAUUUGGCUAAAAUUUAAAAAAAUUAAUUAAUUAUCUGGAGAAUGUUGAAUGGUAAUGGUUAUUUAUUUUAUUUUUUGUUUCUAGAUAUUUUUAACACCACUCCAUGGCCUAUAUUAGAUAAAAGGAUUUCAAAUAAAAUUAUAAAAUAUAACGAAUCUGUUUUAUAAUAUUGUACAAAACAUAACAAAAUAAAAAAUUGCUCUUUUCAUUUAAAUAUCCAAUUUGAACUGGAAACUUGAAAAAAAUGGUGUGGUUAAUUUUUUUAAAUGUUAGGUUUGUGCAAGAAAAAAGUAUGAGAAACCUUCUGAUAAAAUAUCAAAUCUAAGUGAGUUAUAUUAAUAUUAAACAUUUAUAUAUUUUUAACUAGGUACAAAAUAAAAGAUAGUUCUACAUAUGUAUUAUCUACCUAGUAAUUAAAUAUUAUUGUUUUAACUAUAUCAAUAAAUUAUCUAUUGUACAUAAUCAAACAGCCAAAAUCUUUAAUUUUUAUGUUUAUUUCUUGUAUAUUAUAUUUAUUGGAAACGGUUGAUAUUUGUAUAGUUCCUAAAGUUUACUGAUUGAAAAUUGUACUCAUCGAAUAAUCAAAAUUGUAAAAAUAAAUUAAAUCAAACUUUUUAUUCAAAUUCACAUAGGUAUAUAUAUAUAUAUAUAUAUAUAUAUAUAUAUAUUCAUAAAUAUUAUUAAGUCUACUGUUAUUUAUUACUUUGAAGGCACCCUGAAGCUGUUAAAAUAAAAAUAAAAAUAUAUAUAGUACCAAGUUUCUAAUACUAUCUACUUAAUAUAGCUUUUAAUAAAACUUUUUUGUGAGGUAAAAGUUUUUGAAACAUCGGAAUGCGCGAAACAAUAUUAGAUCAAUAUUUAAGUGUAUAUUUUGUAUAUUUUAUAUCAUUGAUAAAAUAAAAAAAAAAAAUUAUAA